AUGGCAGAAUCAUCACGGAGAAGGAAGAGUAAAGAAUUAAAGACGACAAAGAAGACAAGGAUUAGAUACGUACGUGAUGAAGAGUCUAAUGAUGAUCUUCUUGACUUAGGAUUGUUGGAUGUUGAAGAAGAUAACUUCAAUCCUACAUCUAAUUUGUGUGACGACCCUUUUCUUAACAUUUUAUGUGAUGAUAAAAUGUUAAAGAAUAAUCAAUUUGAAAGGGACGAUGAAGUUGAUGUUGAAGAUAUCCACCAGGUAGAGCAUGAGCAUGAACACCUUGAAGAUGAAAAUGACCUGGAAGUGGGUGUCGAGUUUAGGGUGCACGAUCCUCUUGUCAAGUGGAACAAAAUGAAGCCUACAGUUGAUGAGUUAUACGAGUCUCCUGCUCAGUUAAGGUUUUACUAUUUGGCUGAUAUUGCUUCUACAUGGACAACUGAAUCUUGUCCAGCUAUCAUAGAGAAAAUGGAGGAGUUUGGAAAAGAGAUAAGGAACUGGAAAGUGAUAGAUACUGGAGGGUAUGUAUUUGAGACAAGGUAUGUGUAUGCAACUUACAAAGUGGAUUUGGAACAAAAAUAUUACACAUGCAGACUUUGGGAGAUAUCUGGAAUACCAUGUGUGCAUGGUUAA